AUGAAUAGUGUUUGCACAGGUACCGGGUUAUUACGUAUUCUGCUAGAUAUUCAUCCAAUGGUACGAUGUGGUCCAGAGCCAAUAGUUACAAGAGAAAUUUUGUCCAUCAGGAAAAAGACUGCAUCUCGAAAAGCCAUGCUCUCACAAUCUGGCAUCUCGCAAAAUAUACUAGACGAUGCAAUUGCUGGUUUCAUUGCAUCCAUACUGAAGAAUAUGGGACCACCUGCUGAGAGACUAUGUCACAAAGAUCCUUCAUCUUACAUAUUUCUAAGAGAUUUGAGUGAAUUAUUUCCGAAAGCUAAGUUUAUUCAUGCAAUACGUGAUGGAAGAGGAGCUAUAAUGUCCACAAUAGUACGUAAAAUACAUCCAGCUUACAAGUCGAAUGAAAUUCCUCAAGCACUUAAACAUUGGGAAAACUUUACAUCAAAAGUAGUAAACGACUGCAAAUACAUUGGACGUAAUCGAUGUAUGACUGUACGUUAUGAGUGUCUUGUCUUAAAUCCAAAGAGAGAAAUUCAAAAAAUCCUCGAUUUUCUGGAUCUUCCAUGGGAUGAUAGACUAUUGAAUCAUGAAAAGUUUGUCAAUAAUACCUCCAUGCUAAAUAAAUAUGAAGCCAGUUCUGUUCAAGUUGUUAAACCUAUACACAGAGAAUCCUUAGAUGCUUGGGCUAAAGAAAAUUCAAUCAUACCCAAACACCUUAUUACAACUUUGCAUAAGAAUAGUAGUCUAUUGACUAAACUGAAAUAUACAUAUCCUCCAAAUUAUGAAAAACUAUGUGAAGUUGAAUUAGAAUUGUAAACAAACAGAAGCAAACAGAAAUAUUCACUAUUAUUCAUAUUCAUAUUCAUAAAGAACAGCUUGACUAUAUUUUGUUCGCC